AUGCGUAUGCACAGUGUCCUGAUGAUGGUCGUGGCGACUCUUGCCAUCGCAAACGGCAGCGUCUCUGCAGCCGGUGGCUCCAACCUCCGCAAAGCGAAAGCAACAUCUUCGAUCAACUCCUUCAACACCGUCCAGACAGAAGCCAAGAACUCGCGAAUGCUACGCAACACCGACGUGGCUACGGGCGAGAAUGGACACGUCUACUAUUACCCUGCCAAGAAAGGCGAGAGAAAACCCUUCAUCGAGGUUCGACUCAAGAAGGCUUUGUCAAACUCAAAGAAGGUUAAUCGACUGUACGAAGAUUGGUAUAAGAGUGGGUUUUCCACCAAGAAAGUUGCCAAGGAGCUGAAUCAGAGCGAGAACCGUGAGCUCAAGGAGACUUAUAAAACUCUUGCCAUAGGUUACACGGCGUUCGUCAAGGGCAAGCAAUCUCAGCAGCAACUGCAGUGA